AUGGCAUUUGCAUUUUUUUCGACCUUGGGACUCCUGGCCACAUUUCAAUUGUCUGGACUUGUAGCUGCGGAUUCACAAAAUAUCGACCUCUGUGUCAAUAAUAAUGCCUGGGGAAACGACAGUUCGGGCUACCAAUGCAUGGCCGUCCAUGAUAAUGGCCGUAGCUUCAGUGUCUCCUACAAAUGGACCGGAGAUGCUUCUCUUGUCAAAGGCUACCCGUACAUGAAGGCUCAUCCGACUAGGCUCCCUGUCCAGCUAUGGAACGUCACUCAACUACAGGUCACAGGGAAUUGGCAGACUUACGUUGCUGGCAAAGAAAAGGCCAGUGCUGAGCAGCAGGCCCAGGCUUUCGAUGAUGUUUCGCUCUACGCCAACGUUGCUGUCGACAUGUUCCUGUCCGAUAACAAGGAGAACUCAACCAUGGUCGGCGCCCCCAUUGAAAUCAUGAUUUGGCCCUGGUGGACGCCAACUGUAAAACCACUAGGAUGGGCCGAGUCCACUCCCGACAAAGACACCGUCACCAUCGACGGCACCCCUUUCUCAUUGUAUCAUGGCUGGAAUGAUGGGGGACAACAUGUUUUUUCAUGGUUGGCUCGCACCAACCUCACCAAGACCGAUGCCGACUACGGACCUUUGCUCACCUAUAUCUGGAAGAAGGGUAUGCUGUCAGGCGCAAUAUGGCUAGGGCAACUCGAGCUGGGCACCGAAAUCAAACACGCCGCUGGCGACAUGCACUUUGAAGCCAGUAACUACACCUUGAAGGUUGUUAGGCAAGGAGAUCCAGAAGACAAGGCGACCUCAACUUCCACAACUCGAUCUAGUACUAGCCAGACCGCGACGACGAAGACAAUGAUGACGACAGCCGCAGCUGAAGCCGCCACCACUUCUGCGCCGUCUCCUACCAGCACCAAUGCCGCGUCUACUUCUUUGCUUGUAGACCUUUCAACAGUUUGUUGGAUCUCACUCGCCACAGUCUUGUUGUGUUAA